GUUGCGGGAACUCGGAGUUCCAAUUGUCCAAUUCCAAUCGGAACGUCGGCUGGCAGACGUGCGUCGUUUGCUGAGCGGGUGGUGUAUAUUAAUGUAUAUAAACAAUAAAAGCGUAAUUUCAAUUGAAUCAAGACAAUAACAACGGUUUCUGGGACUCGGUUGCCUUGCCAUAUGUGACACUCAGCACAACAUGCGCCCGUAAAUUCCGAAAGUUCGACAUCUGUUUCGGCGCGGAUGCGGUUGCUGGUGCACGAAAGUGAAAUUUCGCAGCGGAAAGUGCAAGAGAAAACGGAGAAAGGUGCCUCCAGAGCUAACCGUUAGUCCUGGUCAUGUCGUCGCUGGAACUCGAGAUCAGCAGCGGCCGCACCAGCAACAAUAAUAAUUCGUAUGGAUAUGCGACCAACAACAACAACAGCAUCAUGCAGAAGCCAGUACCCGCCCCCUCGACCCCCGCCUGCGCUCAGCUGAUCCAAGGCAAGGAGGGGGCCCCACUGGAGGGCAGUGCAGCAAACACCUCCGACCCCUCCUCGGUCGCCCUGCUCGUCCUGGAGUCCUCGGAGGACAGCGAGUGUGACCCCUUCCUCGCCAGCAGCGCUCCUAGUCGAAGAGGGCCCCGGCCCCCCUCCUCCGUCCUCCGCAGCCGCAAGCGCAGCUCUUGGUGGGGACGGGCCCACGGCUACCUCACCCGCAACUGGUACCUGGGAUGCCUGCUGCCCGCCUGCCUCCUGGGCGCAUUCGUCUUCAUCGGCUGGGCGACGCGGGACUACGCCCGCCAGCUGCUCUUCUGGAUUGAGAUGCAGAACGCCUGGAUAACCUUCGCCGUGUACAUGGCGCUCUUCGCCCUGGUCAGCUUCCCCGUGGUGGUGGGCUACUUCGUCCUGCUCAUCACCGCCGGCUACCUGUUUGGCUGCCUGCGCGGCUGGCUCACCGUGAUCCUAGGCGCCAACCUCGGCAUCGCCGUGGCGCAUGCCACCAUUCGCAGCUGCCGGCACCGCAUUCCCGUGCAAAGGUUGAUCAAGAAUGAUACGGGACGAGCUAUUCUUCGCGUGAUAUCUGGACCAAAGGCAUUUCGGGUGGUGCUCUUUACGCGACUUACCCCCAUUCCCUUCGGAGUUCAGAAUGUGAUAUUCGGAAUCAGUUCCAUCAAUACGAGAGACUACCAUGUGGCCACAAUGAUUGGGCUGCUGCCAGCCCAAACUAUCAAUGUUUACUUGGGCUCAACGCUAAGAUCGAUGCACGAAGUUCUUAAUGAUAAUGAUACCAAGCUGACAGGCUACAUUAGCUUCGUAUUUGAGGUAAUUUGUGGAGUGGCUCUGAUGUUCUGGGUUCUGCAGAAGGCGAGAAAAGAGCUGUCAGAGACGCUCCUCAUUGCUGAUUAUAAUAACGAGGGCAAACACUCUGACAUCCAAGUCUAGCAGAAGCCACGCGGGGAGCAGAGUUCCCACAGGAGACCCACCCCAAGAGAACCUCCUGGAAUACUGGACAAGACUGCAUUUUUGCAUUAACUAGAUUAAGCGAAGGUGAUUUUUGAGUUAUAUUAAUUAUUUAUGCUCAAAGCAAUGCCAUGAAUACCAAACAUUAUGCUAGUUAACCAUAUAUUCGUUAAUGGAUUCAAAUCCCACGAAUCCCAUAAGAAAACGCUCUACAUCACAAUCUAUUUCUUAAAAAUAAGAAUUUUACAUUUAAGUCAAAGCCUCGCUCAGAAAAUGCUAAUCUUAGGAUUCGACCUAAAACAUUGUUCAAUUACUAGUUUGUAAGUGAAGCGAAUAAAUGUGCUCUAUAGUUCAAUCA